AUGUGGCAAUUUUUAUGUAAAAAGCAACGAUAUAACCGCGAUGUGGAUGCUCUUCACCAAGAUAUCGAGACGAACGUGCACAUUCAACCAAUAGAGGAUCUACUGCAAAGUCUGCAAGUGGAUCCUGAACAGGGCUUAUCGACGAUCGAGGCGAAAAAUCGGUUGCGAGAUGAGGGACCGAACGUGCUGACUCCGCCGAAAAAAAGGUUCUCGGAUAAAGUUUUGAAGAUCCUGCAUUUAUUCUGCGGAGGAUUCUCUUUGCUAACAUGGGUGGGUGCAAUUUUAUGCUUCGGCAACUAUUUUCUGGAGUUGGAAGCUUACGGCGAGGCGUCCGAGUAUCAUCUGUGGCUCGGUCUAGUCCUGAUCCUGCUGAUCCUGGUUACCGGUAUAAUUACUUACUAUCAGGAUUCCAAGAGCUCGCGCAUCAUGGAAUCGUUUCUACAAAUGGUACCACAAUGGGCCAAGGUCCUGCGAGACGGCGAGAGAAAGGAGCUGCCGGUGACCGAGCUGGUGGUCGGGGACAUCGUCCUGCUGGAGACCGGCGACCGGGUGCCCGCUGACAUUAGAAUCCUGGAAUGUCAAGGUUUAAAGGUCGACAAUGGGUCGAUUACGGGGGAAUCGAUACCAUUGAUACGGACGGCAAAUAUUCCUCAAACCGGAAAUAUUAUUCACGCGAAAAACAUGGUGUUCUUUUCUACAGACGUUGUCGAAGGAAUUGGAAAAGGUGUCGUAGUGGCUUGUGGUGAUCAUACGGUAAUGGGAAGAGUGGCCAAAUUAACUUCAAGAUUGUCAACCCGACCUACGCCUCUCUCCAGAGAGAUUAAUCGCUUCAUGAAAGUAAUCUCGGUCUGGGCUAUCUUUCUGGGCGUUUCGUUCUUCUUCAUGUCCGUGGCGAUAGGCUAUAAUUGGAUCGACUCGGUCGUCUUUCUGAUCGGCAUUAUCGUGGCAAACGUACCGGAAGGCAUUGUCGCCACGGUGACGGUCAGUCUGACCUUGACCGCCAAGAGGAUGGCCAACAAGAAUUGCCUGGUGAAGAAUCUCGAAGCUAUCGAAACCCUGGGAUGCACCGCCGUUAUUUGCAGCGACAAGACUGGCACCCUCACGCAAAAUAAGAUGACAGUACGACACGUGUGGUACGACGGCCACUUGAGCGAGGUGAUGGCGUCGGACACGUGGCGGAAAUAUGUCGACAGCCCGGGCUUCGAGAAUCUAGCCAGAGUGGCGAGUCUUUGUAAUCGCGCACAAUGGGCACCGAUGCCCGAUCAAGACAAACUCCUGCCGCCGCUGCACAAGAGGAAGAUCCUGGGAGAUGCUUCGGACGCGGCCUUGCUGAGAUGCAUGGAGAUCCUCGUGAAAGGGGGAGCUAAUUCCUUCAGGAAGGAUUAUGUCAAGAUAUUGGAGAUUCCCUUCAAUUCGACAGACAAAUUCCAAGCAAACGUGCAUUUCUUUCGCGGCAAACAUCUCGUGUGUUUCAAAGGUGCUCCCGAACGAGUCCUCGAGCGUUGCUCGACGAUAGCGUACGGUAACGAAACUAAGACUUUGAAUGAGGAGACGAGAAUAGCAUAUACAAAAUCCUGUUAUACCCUGGCGAACAACGGGGAACGCGUACUCGGUUUCGCUGAUCUCGAACUCUCGACCAAAGCCUUUCCCGUGAAUUAUCGUUUUGAAGCCGAUCCUCCAAAUUUUCCGCUUGAAAACUUGAGACUGAUCGGUCUAAUCGCCAUGAUGGAUCCACCACGGCCCACUGUUCCUGAUGCUGUGUACAAGUGUCGCUGUGCUGGCAUCAAGGUCAUAAUGGUGACCGGCGAUCAUCCCGACACCGCCAAGGCGAUCGCCAAGUACGUUGGCAUCAUCACGGAGCACGAUGACAAUGAUGGUCUUAACAACAAUUCUAAAAAACGUCACAUUGUGGUGACGGGUCCCCAGUUACGAGAUUUAUUACCGGAAGAGCUGGAUCAGCUGAUUAGACGGUAUCAGGAAAUCGUGUUCGCCAGAACAUCGCCAGUGCAGAAGCUGCAGAUCGUCGAGAGCUGUCAACGGUUGCAUCUGAUCACCGCGGUCACCGGCGAUGGUGUCAACGACUCUCCGGCUCUGAAGAAGGCCGACAUCGGCAUCGCCAUGGGCUUCACAGGAUCCGAUGUGAGCAGACAAGUGGCGGAUUUGAUAUUAAUGGAUGACAAUUUCGCAUCGAUAGUGACAGGCAUCGAAGAGGGUCGACGGGUCUUUGACAAUCUGAAAUCGAGCAUCGCGUAUAUACUGGCGAGCAACGUACCGGAAAUAACGCCUUUUCUGGCGUUUAUCAUCUUUGGAAUUCCCUUGCCAGUCGGCGUGAUUUGUAUUUUAUGCAUCGAUUUGGGAACGGACAUGUGGCCUGCAAUCGCCUUAGCUUAUGAGAAAUCCGAAUCAGAUAUUAUGUUGAGGAAGCCUAGGAUACCUCAAAGAGAUCAUCUAGUCAGCCGACGUCUGAUCUUCAUGGCAUACGGCCAGAUCGGCGUGAUCGAGGCGUGCGCGGGUUUCUUCACUUACUUCGUGGUAAUGGCGGAACACGGUUUUCUACCUACACGAUUGCUAGGCUUGAGACCGCUGUGGGACAGUCCGGCGGUGAACGAUCUGGAGGACAGUUUCGGCCAGGAGUGGACCUACGAGCAGCGCAAGAUUCUCGAAUACACCUGCCACACCGCCUUCUUCGUCAGCAUCGUGAUCGUGCAAUGGGCGGACGCGAUAGUCUGCAAAACCCGUCGCAAUUCAUUGCUGCGUCAAGGCAUGGACAAUUGGAAUCUGAAUUUGGGUCUGCUCUUCGAGAUCAUUCUGGCCUGCGUGGUGUGCUACGCACCUUACAUGGACCGCAUCCUGAAGACGUAUCCCCUGAAACUAGAGUGGUGGCUACCCGGGAUACCAUACGCUAUUAUCAUUCUGGUAUACGAGGAGUUGAGGAAAUGGUGGAUCAGAAAACACCCGGGCGGCUGGUGGGAUAGAGAAACCUCGUACUAG